AUGUGUUGCAUAUUCACCUGCUUCGGUUGGAUGAUAGAUCUUGUUCAAAGGGUAUGGACAUUCGCGAUGUCAUGCUGCAUCAGCUCAGCAAUCUGCUGCGUCAUGAUGACGUCAUCGUUGUCGGGGAUCGCGUUGGGAUACAACUACUCUCUAGCCGAGUACAUUGACCUGAAGGAAACCAACGUGUCCGUGUACUUGAAGCGAGGUGUGUUCGAUGACGAGAUAGCGGAUGACGUCAGCUGGAGAAGAUCGGGGAAUAUGCCGGCACCCGGACAAAACCAGGUCACUGACGGAGGGCCCGACAUUGAGGAGACACCGGUCCGUUCUGGACGCAGACUGGAUGAUUCAGUGUUUGACUCCAACGAUCAUAACAAAUUCGAAGGUUCCCUCAUGAAGCUUACGGGAAAACCACUAGACGCGCCCAUAACUCCGACUCCUUUUACGCCUGACCUGAAGAUGGCUGAAGUCCAAUCGGGUGCGCUAAACGAACUUGAUAGAAUGAAGGCUCUGCAGGGACUAAUGAAUAUGAGGAAGUAUAACAUUGACGCAGCUUCGACCACACCUUCCACCACCACCACACCUGAAGAUAGCAGACGAAGGUUUGCAGCUUUGAACCCGGACCCUGAUAUAAAACAAUCAGCCUAUCCAUCAACACUAAUUCCCCAAUACCCCCUGCCUCCAAUCGGGGACAUUCUAUCUGGAAGGAGAUUCGACCCUCAUGAUCCCAGGUUGUUCAACAUGUUGAACCCCGCCCGCACCGCUGUACCCGAUAGGUACUUCGCUCAAUUCAGACCGUACACUAAGAUUGAGACUGUUGGUCUUUACAACGAAAUUUACCCAGUGGAGAAACGAACAAGUCCUCGGCCAGUGCCCCUGAAUAUUAGACCGAUAAGACCCUCGACUGAGGCAAGCCGUAGACAAGAGUAUUCAGGGCCGCCUGUGAGAAUCUUCACUUCUAAAGACGCUGUUAAAUUUAAAGAUGAUGAUGAUAUCAAGUCAGGCGAUGAAACCGACAGAAUCGGUGAGAAGAUGCGACAGGAACUAUCCAGAAUUAUAUCAUAG